UUUUUUUUUUUUUUUUUCUCUCAAGUGUUGUCCUGGACCUGAAGUUGGCGAAUGGAUGCUCGACAGCCAGCCCCAUAAAUAACCUGCCAAACGGCUACUACAGUCUACAUUUUUUUUGUUUGUUUUUUAAAAGGAUCUAUUCAAUUUUUUUUGUGCAAAGCGAAAGGAUCUGUGUGCGAAAGAAGAAGAAGAAGAUGAUGCCGAUGGCCUAUUUGUUGUGGUCGGAUUUUACUUCCAGGGAGGAUAAAAUGAAUCAACGGUUGUCAUUCCUCCUCGCGAUUUAACGUUAGUGUUCCAAGGCAGCGAGGCUAACGUCUGAGCUAGCUCCUAUCUUCCCCCUCCUCCUCCUCCUCUUCCUCUGCUACCCUCUCUUUGGUACUCACAGGGACGCUUAAGUUAGGCAUGCCCCAUCGUAUAUCGUCUACUUAUUAUCCGAAAUAGGUGGUAAUUCAUACAUGUGAAAGGGGGACAAAAUGGUGAUAUUUGUGGUAUUUUCUCCCGCCGUCGCUGCGUCGUCGAUGCUAUUGCUAGGAUUUGGAUCCCCGUGAGGAAAAAAAUGAGUGAAGAUUCAACAAAUCCAAACAACGAUGACAGUUAUGCGCGUGUGAGAGCAGUGGUCAUGACUCGGGAUGACUCCAGUGGUGGGUGGCUUCCCCUGGGGGGCGGAGGCCUUAGCUGUGUCACCGUCUAUAAGGUCAGCCGGGCGGACGACAGCAGCAGCACCCACAGUGGAGGCAGCGGAGGAAGCAGCAGCAACCUCAGCCCGUGUAGUCCCAGUCCUAGUCCCAGCCCCAGCCCUAGUCCCAGCCCCACCGCUGUGGAGUUCCACAUCAAGGGCGAGAGGCUCAAAGACAAAUUGGUGGUUCUGGAGUGUGUCCUGCAAAAAGAUGUAGUAUACAACAAGGUCACCCCCAUCUUCCACCACUGGAGGAUCAACGACAAGAAGUUCGGACUGACUUUCCAGAGCCCAGCUGACGCCCGUGCAUUUGACCGGGGCAUACGUCGGGCCAUUGAGGACAUCAACCAAGGUUGUCGGUCGUUUGGGGAAGGUGAUACUCCCGAAGAUGGACUAACGGUGUGUGAUGAGCCUCCUUCUAUCUGUACACCAAUGAAAGAGCCCUUCUCUCCCCUGAACAACGUCGUCUCCACCGAGCCAUUCAGGGGCUGCUAUGUCCGCGCCCAACCCUUCGACGAGUUCCCCUCCAGCAACCGCCGCUACCUGCCUCCACAGGUCUCCUUUAAGUCAACUCGUCAUGUCAGUUUUCACAUGGACGAAGAGGAGAUUGUUCGCAUCAACCCACGCAAAGAUGUGCUCAUCCGCGGCUAUGAGGACUACCGCCACCCUGUUAUGUGGAAACAGGAGGCUGACCGCGAGGACCUGGACUACCCAACCGCCUUCCACAAACUGGACAGUAAGAAGUGCGAGUACCUCUUCCCCGAAGGCCCCGGUGGGGACUCCCACUCUGGCCCUGGUAUGGGCAUUGGACCAGGUAUGGGGUUGGGUCUGGGAAAGGACACAGCAAUCAAGACUCAGCCCUCGCCCCUGUUGAAGAAGAAAGGCCGGCGGCGGCGAGAGGACGGCGAGCGUUCGCGCUGCAUCUACUGUCGGGAAAUGUUCAACCACGAAGACAACUGGCGGGGGCAGUGUCAAGACGCCCCCGACCCGAUCAAGCAGUGCAUCUACAAAGUCAGCUGCAUGCUGUGCGCCGAGAGCAUGCUGUACCACUGCAUGUCCGACUCCGAGGGCGACUUCUCGGACCCCUGCUCAUGUGACACAUCUGACGAGCAGUUCUGUCUGCGCUGGCUGGCCCUGGUGGCGCUCUCCUUCAUUGCGCCCUGCAUGUGCUGCUACCUGCCUCUGCGCGCCUGCCACCACUGUGGCGAGGCCUGCCGCUGUUGUGGGGGCAAGCACAAGGCCGCGGGGUGACCUGAGGACGGACUCUGGGACACCCUCAAAGCUAGCUAACACAGGAAGUGAAUAAAAGCGGAAAAUUAAAAGCCGGCAUCCUUUUUUCAUUCCCUCUCAGACGGGGUGAUAUGUUGUUGAUCCCCAGCUCUGAGGGCUUUUGGAGAUUUCAGUUUGUGUUUGUCGCCGACAAGCAGCAGUGGAGGACAAACCAUAUGCUUUGUGGGGGCUCUGAGCAUCAAGCUAAGUUCAGGAGCUUAAUCUGAGGAGGAGAGGAGGCAUCAAGAUUAAUAGACUUGGAGAUGUUACUAAACACACCUGUACACACACAUACACACACACACGCAAAUACAACUCUCUCUCUCUCUUACUCUCUCUCUCUCUCUCUCACAUUCAUGCAUUGACAAAGCCAGGCCACAAACGUCAGAACUCGACUACAAGUAACGUGUAACUUUAUGAAGGAAAAUUUGUCUUUUUGUACAGAGAGCGACAACUUGAUGACGAAAAAAAAAAA